CACAACAUAUAAAAUGAUCAUCGGAUUAAACUUGCUAAUCUCUUCUACAGUUCCUUCCACUUCACUGCUCACCUUCUCUCCUCAAAGAUCUCUAAGAAUUCAAACUUCAAUUUCAUCCGAAUUUGCGAUUCGUCAACAGAAUUUCAUUUACGCAUCGGAGUGGGACGCUGAUUCCAGGAAUGAAAAUCGGCGGUGGAGCACGUCGAUUUCUGUUUUUGCUCCCUGUUAUGAUCUUCCUGCCUUAUUUGUUAUCUGUUCUAGAGUUGCACAAGUUCUCAACUACUGUUGAUCAACCUAAAAAACACGGUACAAAGUCCGACCAUCUAGUCCUUGGUCCAGCUGCUGGUCAGGGUUUGCGAAAUCGUUUGCAUUGCCAAGGUACCAGGGCCUUGAACAAAACUCAGCAUACUAUCACUCAGAGCCCGAGUUCUGGAGAGAAUGUUGCAUUUGUUACAGUGUUCACCAUUUACAAUUCUUCUGAGAAGAAUGCUGAGACGAGACCGUCUGAUAUAGUGACAAUUGGAAAUACUACGUUCACAAAGUUGGAGAGAACAAUGGCUAUCUUGGAUUCAUUUAUUAACUUCAUCCAGGUAACAAUGCCUUUGAGCAAUGUAAUCAUCCUUACGGAUCCAGAGUCGGACCUUCACAUUGACAAGGAAAGAGUUACAGCUUAUCCCAUUCAAGGUGAAUAUUCAAGAGACAAGUUGAUGCUUCAAAGAAUUAGGUCUUACAUUGCCUUCUUGACUGCAAGGCACGAGGAGCUCAAUAAGCAUGUUCAAGGACAAAUGAACCAUUACAUUUUCACUGAUUCAGAUAUAGCGGUUGUUGAUGAUCUUGGCCAGUUAUUUGAUGCAUAUCCAAACUUCCAUUUAGCCCUAACUUUUAGGAAUAACAAAGAGCAGCCGUUGAACUCUGGGUUUAUUGCUGUCCGGGGAACUGCAGAGGGCCUCCAAAGGGCUAAGGAGUUCCUGGAGGAAGUUCUUAAAGCUUACACUACAAGGUACAUGAGAGCUUCUAGAAUGUUGGGUGAUCAGUUGGCUUUAGCUUGGGUAGUGAGGUCUCAGCCAUCUUUUGAUGCAAGGAAAUUCUCUAAACCUGUACCUUUCUCGGAAGAAAUAAACGGUGCUUCCGUCCUGUUUCUACCUUGCGCUCUGUACAAUUGGACUCCACCAGAAGGUGCAGGACAAUUUCAUGGCAUGCCUCUUGAUGUGAAGGUUGUUCACUUCAAAGGAUCGAGAAAACGGUUAAUGCUAGAAGCUUGGAACUUUUUCCAUUCGUCUUUGAACGUCGAUGACAUGUUAUGCCUCAUCUUAGGCAGCGGAAGGACUAAGUAUGACUUUUGAAUUACUUUUUAUUUUUUUCAGCCAGGAAAUACACAUUGUUCGAUCACACGUGCGGAUUUGUGGAAUGGAGCUCAAUCAGUAUACUGGAUUCAAUCGUUUCGACCCAAGGUAAAACCUCUCCCUCUUUUCUCCCUUUAUCAUCUGAGAGUGAACUCAGAAACGUUUUCAGGGACGAAGCAUUUAUAAAUCGGGUCAAUCCGGAGUCUAAAUACGGGUUGGAUUUUUUGGGCUGAAAGCCCGUAUAUUGGAUUCAAUCGUUUCGACCCAAGGUAAAACGUCUCCUUCUUUUAUCUCAUCAUCUGAGAGUGGACUCAAAAACGUUUUCCGGGACGAAGCAUUUUCAAAUCGGGCCAAUCCGGAGGCUAAAUACGGGUUGGAUUUUUUCGGGCUGAGAGCCCGGCAUAUUUUGAGCAGCUAUAGCAUCACCACACACCUACAACUUGUUUUGUUGGGACCUAUAUAUGUUGGCUAAACUUGAGAUAGAUUCCAAGGGCUCCCCUCCCCACCUUUUUCCCCUAGUCCUACCCUUUCAAUUUUAAAAAAAAUGAAUAGUUGACCUUAGAGCUCAACAUAGAGCCACCAUUUAAAUGACAAGUAGACUAGUCUAGUAAAGAAAGGGUACGGAAAACGAGAAUUAAGUUAUUCCGUAUGACGUAGUAUUAAGAGAAGAUUAUCCUAACUUUGCGUUUUUAUAGAUUUUUUUUAAUUAGGGUACGAGAAUGAGUAACAUUUCUCUUGUUUUAUGGCCAGCCCUAAAUAUUUGACUGAAAAUAGAUGAUUUUUUUCUUUCUUUUUGGGGUUAGAAUUACGUCCAGGUUCAUUCUUCAGCAUUCAUUUGCUAUUUUUGCUCCCCCACUAAAAACGCCAGACGCCGAAACCAAAAAAUCAAAAAUAAAUAUUGGCUUUGGCUCUCACCUAUCAGUAUCUUUGUCUGAUAGAAUCUGACGCGCCUUGUAAGCGCGUGGCAUACCUUACCUGAUUUUGCAACGUAACCUCUUACGUCAUUUUCCUCCUCAACCCCCUGAAGAAUUCGUGCAGCCUUCUAUAAAAGGAUACAAGGAAAAUGAAAGUUGAUUUUAAAUUGAAAAAAAUAAAAAUCACUAUUCUUAAAAUUAUUACUACUUCAUAUUGUUAUCUUAUCGACUAUUAAGAUUAAUCAGCUACUUACAAUACUGAUUUCAAACUGUUUUUUUUUUU